AUGAUACAUCACCAGCUAUUAAAAGAUGCAUACUAUGAGAUAGCGAGCUUAUUUGAUUUUAUCGACAUUUUAUCGAUACAGGGUUUCAGGGUUUUCUCUCUCAUACACGGUUUCCGAGGCAGCCGCAUCCGAAGCCUUCUCCGCCAAAAUGAAGAUCGACGGGUUCUGCUUCUUCUCCUCCUAAAGUCACAAACCGACGUGAAGAUGUCUCCGUCUCCUCCUUCCAUGGCGUCAAGUGUUGUUCCUCCUCCUCCACCUUCUGAGCCACCAGAUCCAGACCUUCACGUGGUGUUUCCGGUGGAUCCUCCUGACCCUCCAGUCCCCCCAGACCCUCCGCUGCUUCUCCCUCUAUCCAACCCUCCUUCGUUUCACUUGUUCGUUCAUUCCGAGGUACUGCGUAUAGAUCUGGUCGGUUCACUCUUCAUCUCUGCUAGAGCCGCCUUUGCUAUUUGUGACGACCUCUGGAGCGUUUCAUCCUCUUCAAGUCCCAGAUCUACUAGUCUCGCCCCUUGCUGUCAAGACCUUCAACGUACAACGCUUCUCAUGCCUUCGCAACCUAUCAACAUUCACUUAACCACCGAGGCUCUGAGGACUGGUCUUUCUGACGAGAUCCACCAAAGUGGCGGAGCACCUGAAACACCUCCUAUCCAUCUUGUCGAAAGAGCCACUUGGUCUGGUUUUCUUUGUGGUGUUCCCUGCUGCUCCGGUGACGGCCAACACUCCACCACCGGAAGUUGCUCUAUCUCGUCCAAGCCUCACUUUGAAGCAGCUACUGGUAUAUGCGCUUUCAUGUUAAGUUUGAUAGAGCUUGAUGACAAGCUGGCUUGGUUGGUCUCAGGCAAACUACAGAUCCAUCACGGUAAUGUUGGUUCCCAAAGUAUCUGUCUGAACUCAACCAUAGCUUACUCUUCAAGGCUUGUCAAGAUUACACGUCAGGUGGUCUCAGGUCACUAUGAUAUAAGUUCUUCUGCCAACGAUACUCCGCUCGAAACCUGCUGCCGCAGAGAUAAAUCCGAACAGUAUCUUGUGCAAUGGGUUCACCUAGCCCAAAACCGUGAUGUUGUGCUGAAAUUGUCAUUAUUUGUACAUCCAUCACAGGUCCAAAGAGUUUGCAUUAGCUUUGAUUUUGUCAGUGGUGCUAUUCCGUUUCAAGGUCCAUUCUAUUGGUUCGUCAGCUGCAAAUCUGAGACCUUUAUAAUCUCCGCUUUUGUUGAGAUUCACCUAGUCUCUUCGGAGAGUUUCGAUGCUGGAGCUAGAGCUGUUCAUGCUCGUUCCAUCUCCUUCCAAACUUUGCUGUUUGGUCUAAUCAACGUCGAUUCCGACUAUUUCAUGCUCAUGGUAGUAACCUAUUCAGGGACAAAGUUGAUGCUUCCCACGGUUCUCCAAAUUAUCGAGCAAGACUCUCUUGUUAACUUUGUUACCUCUUGUUUUAGUGUUCUCUUUUAUGUGUUUCGUCAAACCGUUGAGGAUCCCUCCGGUUACUAUCUUGUUACCGUUGAGCUUGCUCCGGAUGUAAUCGUUUAAACUCAUUUUAGAUUUAAUAUAAUCGUUU